AGAGCACUUCGCCUAGAUCUCUCGCUGGCUUUCAGGACAUAAGGUGCUCAGAGGCACUAGAGAAUUCGAGCACCAUACCAGUAUUGACGUUGCCCUUAUGUGGCUCUGCUGGUGGUGCGCGCUGCCAUCUGAGGGCGACCAUGUUCGGCCGGGGGUUCCUAGAUGCUGACAGUUCCUCGCUGCCUGUGGCAACCGAGGAUGUGACAGUGGAGGAGGAUGCAAGCAACAUCCCUGACCAAUUCGAUGCUCAGGAUAGGCCAGAGGAAAGGACGGGUCCAACCGAGCGCGAGUUGGAUCGCAACGACUCACGUGAGUACAAUUCCGAAGAACCACAAUCUGCAUCAGCGACACGUGGUACAGGAUUGGAGUCAUCGACCACAGCAGCAGAUGACAAUGCAGGUACUAUCGGUAGUCGCGCCGGCUCCAUUCUGGGUGGGUUGCCUGAGGUUGCCUCAGCGUCUCUGGCGAGAGUGCGAAGGGAAUUAAGUAAUCAGAUCCAGCAGCUACCUAGCAGAUUGCCAGCCGUUGUGGUUGUUCCACAGGGUUCGCCAACUAAGAGGGUUUUGUUACCUGCCGGCUCGACGACCGCGCUGGUUUCCCAGCAGGAUGCGCGUGCAUCAGAAGCCUGUGGUGCUACUGGCAGAUCGCCAGAAGAUGUUCACGCAGGAAGAACUGGUAGCGAAAAUGUCGGGAACAACGAGGUCGCAUCUUCUGUGCGGUCCUCGCCAACGAUACAACUUUCUUCAUCUGGACCAAGCAGUCCCGGACUAUUGAAUUCGAGUGGUAGCCAAGCAACGCUGGUAAUGACCGCCGACGAGCUCUUUGUAGUGAAAACUCUGUUCUAUGUUGCAAUCUCUCUUAUUGCGCUAGGCGCGGCGCACAAGUUUUGGUAUUUGCGACGUUAUCGGCGGUUGCGACAGCGUCGUCUGGAGUUUUCAACCUCUAAAGUUCCCGUUGCGCAGGAAAUGUAUCUUCCCGCGAUGAGCAUUUGGGAGGGCAGUUUUGUGGCAGGUGAGAAGCGUCCUACCCGCAAAGCCUCCGCCGACUUGAAUAGGCUCACGCGGUCAAAUUUCUAUGGUACGAUCGAUGGUGCAACGUCUUCUGGACGAGGAGGAGGCGCGUACAACAGUUUUGGCCGGUCUGAGCCGAUUUUGACCUCAAGUGCAAACAACAGUAGGAGACGCUCGCAUUCCACACGAGAUCCAAACGCCGCUGGAGGAGGAUUUUACUCUGGAUCAGGAAACAAAUUUCCGUCCUUGCGUGGUGUCGGCAGCCGUAGCCACAGUAGCUACAAUAUCAUUCCUCCGAACUGCACGUCCGAUUAUCCUCAAGGAACGACAGUUGACAAGAGACAUCCACGUCACACUUCAUCAAAGAAAAGAAAUCGAGUUUCUAGCGCAGCGAGCACUAGCAGUGAAGACCCGCAGUUCCGCAUUCCUAAGCAGCGGUCCCAGGCAAGCAUCAGCCGGCAGGCCAGCAGCCAGCAAUUCUUUGGGUGUACAGCUUUUUCACAAGUGGCUUCACCGUCGGGUUCGCUGCCUCCCGGAAUCCAAUCGGAGAACGACGCCUUCAGCUCCGCGCGGCGGGGGAAACACCAUCGCCAUAAUGCUAGUAGAACGCCUACCGCCGGUCAUCGCAGCUGCUCAGAUCGGCGUGCGGACGUGAUAAGACGCGCAUCCGUUGGCGAUCGCAUGUCGUCCCAGAAAAGUAACGUCUUGCGACGGCGACCCGUCUCCCGUUUGACAGGGUUCGGCACUCGAGGCUUCGGUACUGGAGAGCGUGGAGGUGCUUUUGACGUCGGAAGUUCGGUUCUGCCGCAGAAGAAGAGGCUCUGCCUCAAACACGUCUCCCAGGCUGCGUUCUCGUGGGUGCUGGAAGACACACACGUUUGUUCUAACGCAGGAGAUCAUGGGUUGCUUUUGGAUGAUGUUGAUGAAGAAGAGUAUCUUGUUCGAAAUGAACGACGAGUAGACCACGAGGAAAAUCAUCAUGACGAGUACGAAGCGGAUGAAAACGACGAUCCGUUGUCGACGAGUGCAUCAAUUGCAAUGGCGAUAUCGGAACGAGGAGAUGAUCCUGCCUCUGGUGCUUCCUCUCACUUUCUCGAAGAGCAGCAAUGUGGUGAUCACCAACAUCGUAACUUGGAGCAGGGUUUCUCAAGAAAGAGUUCAAGAGAAAUGCCAUCAUCUCGAAACCCCUCAGAAACCGCUUACGACGAUAAUUAUGACCCCAACAAUAACAAUAACUCAUUGUCGAAAACUAGUAGCAGAAGAAGUACAAGUACUUCUGCGAGUAGAAAUAGAGAACAACAACACAGAGGACACGACGACCAAACUAAAUCUUCUUCCGGAAGGCAAGAACAAGAGCAAGAGCGAGGAUCAUCGUGGUGGAGCAAGAAAGGGUCUUCUUCUUCAUCGCGCAAAACCAGAGGUCGGAGCCGUGGCUGUCGUGUGGCACGCAAACUGUUUCUGCCGCGUCACGAAUUCACGGGUUCUGGGGUGGACGAUAGCCGAGGCAAAGUAACGGUUUUGGGCGCGUUUUGCCCACGCACGCAACGCAUAGCGUGGGAGGAACGCUAUGUCGAUGCUGAUGUCUGUGUCGAGUAUGAGGUUAAGGCUCGAUGCAAUUCAUUUCCAAGGAUGAUUAUUUCCUUCGGUUCCCUUCUUAGGAUUCUGAAGAAACGAAGGCAAGAAGUGAGCUGUUUUCAGCUCUAAUGAGGGCGCCUUUCGCAGGUACCGGGACCCGUCGACGUUGAGUGCAGCGUCGAGAUCGCGCACUCGAGUACACUCCUCCAACGGCGCACCCGUGAAAGGAUCUGGGUUGAUAUGGAGCAUGACAGGAAUGUUUGCCGGGAGUGACGGUCUAUCGGGUCAUUGGGAAUUGCGUCUCGUUCCGCAGCAUUCAGAUCCCAUGCUUGUCAUUUGAGAUCCCAUGCUUGUCAUUUGAGACCAUUGCCUUUCGAUCCGAUGCUCCUUGUCAUUUGAGAAUACUAAAAUUGCAUGUGCCUUGUGCUUGUCAGUUGAGAAUAUUGAUAGUAAGUACCUCCUACGUCACCUAAUUAACACUAUCAAGUAUCUAACCACUUUUUUUGCUAGAUGAAGACUCCUCAUUGAUGAGAAGUAAUGACUCUCUCUGUCUCCGCAGCAUCAUUUUUCUUGCAUGAUCAACAUAAUUGCUUCUCAGCAUCAUAGUUCGUUGUCAUCAUUUUGAAGGAUUAAAUGAGGUGUUUUUACGACAUAGUAGAACAAGUAGUCCUAUAUUUUUUCGCCACAUAUUUUAAAGACUACCAACCCAUCAAGAAAAGGAGACAUAGAUGUAGAUCUUUUUCUUUGUAAAGGUUCGUGAAACUACAAACUUAUGGUUUACUUCCGCUACAUACGAAGAAAUCGCCACAGC